AUGUUCAAUUCGUCUGUACACACGAAAGAUCAACUUGACACUGAUUCCGGCCAAGACCAACCAUCAUCAUUUUCGCAAAGUGAUCAGCAGCAGCAAUCGCAGCAACAGCAGCAGCAGCAACAACAACAACAACAAUCCCAGCAGUCUCAACGCUGGAUCCCUGAUGCAGCUGAUGAUGAUGAUGAUGCCACAGUUGAGACUCUUUUCUAUCAUUUUUCUUUCUUUCUUUUUUUCUUUCUUUCUUAUAAUACUGAAAUACUCAGCUAUUUCAUUACUAAUGCCAACAGAUUGGCCUGCUGUCACAAGGAUAUCAAACCAUUUUUAUUUCUUUGCAAAUCUGACGCCAUUUUAUUUUCAUCCACAAUUUCUUUCCACUUCCCAAGUCCGAUCAGUCCGGCCACCUGUUUGCCUGGGGGUUUUGCCGGGGAUCGUUACCAUCAGGCACCAGCUGUCCAUCAUUUGGGACCUCUGAACUCUACCCAUCGGAGAAUAGUUUUAUGGGUAUAUGAAUCAACACAAAUAAGUACAUCUAUCUAUCUAUCUAUCUAUCUAUCUAUCUAUCUAUCUAUCUAUCUAUCUAUCUAUCUAUCUCAGUCUAUUCAGUAUCUAUCUAUCUAUCUCAGUCUAUUCAGUAUCUAUCUAUCUAUCUAUCUAUCUAUCUAUCUAUCUAUCUAUCUAUAA